UCGAUCCUCGGCUCGUUUGCGAUAUUAUUUUUAAUGUAUGAAUAUUCAACGAAUAUAAUGCUAUGAAGAACAGGAUGUGUGUAUAAUGUUUAACAGAUGAUUAUUAAUUAGGUUAAUUAAGAAGGUUUUAAUAUUUAAUAAAUUUGUGGAAUUGAUAAAUAUGGCUGGKGUCGGGGAAAACCGUAAAAACAGCUGUCAAUUGAAAUCAAAAGAUGUUCAGGUAAUGGAUUGUAUUGGACGUACGCAAGGAGAUGGAAUGGAAAAUGUAGUAACGAAUGAAAAUGAGUCUAAACAAACCAAAUGUCGCCUAAACGAUACUAUUAUUUAUUACCCCAAGAAUUUAAAGUCCUCUGUUUUGACACCUCCAGUUAUUCCUACUGGUACUAUUGUAAAUCUUACUCCAAAAAAUAUUACAGCCCCAAAGGGUAAAAGACAAAUUUUAAAUUCCUUAAAAACAAAGGAACCCAAAUUUGUACCGUAUGAACCAUACAAAGCAGCAGUUAAUCCUAUUGUUCCGUUUGAGAAAAAAAAUAAGAAGCAUUCCAAGUGGGAUACAAAUAUUAAUGUAGCAGCUACUGAUGUUGCUAAAUUGAAAAUUCAUGAUGCAAAUGUCGAUAAAGAUAGAAUCAAUGAAAAAGUUCAAAAGGAAGAAUCCAAUUGGGAUAAGGAAAAGAAAAUCUACGAAAGUGAAAUUAAAAAACUCAAAGAAGAGAAUAGUCAAUUAGAAAACCAAUUAAAAUUCCAAGCACAAGUAAAUGGCGAAUUAAAGAAUCUGCUAGUAGCAGCUGUGGGCGAAGAUCUGGAAACUAAAGUACACUUGCUUACUGAAGAUAAGCUACAACUUGCUCGAGCACUUUUAAAUUCUGCUCAACAUCUUAAUACUCAUCAAGAACAAACAGAAUGGUUAGCAGGACAAUGCGAAGUGUGGAGGAGUAAAUUUUUAGCUAGUAGUUUGAUGGUAGAGGAACUUGCAAAAUGGAAAGCUGCCCUUUGUCAAAGAACGACCGAUCUUCAAGAAGCUAUCAAAAGAUUAUUAGAAGAGCGUAAAAGUAUACGUGAUACAUCUCUUAAAACAUACAGGAUUGUUAGCAUUCUCUUAGAAAGUUUUGAUCCUGUUCGAGCAGCAUCGUACAAACGUCAUGCACUGCCGAGUACAAAUGUUAUAGAUUUGGCACAAGGCUGUUGUCAAUUAGCAGAAAUCUUAAAAGUUCAAUUAUUAAGUGGCAUGUUGCAUACAAUAACGAACAAAGAUGUCAAUAUAACUGGUUUAGAAAUGCAAACAUUAGCGGAAAAAAAUGCGGAACAACUAUUAAUGAGUCCAAAUCUACUUAUGUCAGGAAGACAAGAUGCUGCUUGUAGCGCGGUAAUGGGUGCAGCCGUUGCUAUUGGUGGUCAAAUUUUUAUUCCACGCGAGUCGUCUAAUAUUAGUUGUUGUCCAAAUUGCAGUGGUGAAGUCAAACAGAUUUGAAAAUAAUUUUUCUAUUAAAUCAAUUUUCGCGCGUAGAGAGAUUCAUCAUUUAUAAAUAAUAUACUAUACUGCCGUAUGUAGCUCAACGCGAUUGAUUUUUCAUUACCAGGCCUAUGGUACAACUUUACGAAAAUAUUUUAAUCGAUACAAGAAAUAAUUACUAAUUGUUAAAGAUAGAAAAAAAUAAAAUCAUGAAAAAUUUAU